AUGUCAAGCUAUACGCCAGGAUCGGGCGAUGACAAGGAGCUCAUCGCCGCUUUUGAGACAGCGCUUGGAGGCCCGGCGAGUUUGGGGCAGAAGGCAGCCUUUCGCAGGUUGUUCCAUGAGAGCUUUGCUGUCACUACGAGUGAAAUGCGCUCGUUGGUGGAGCGGACCGAUGAAACAGCCCCUAGGAAGCUUUCGGUGCCGGAACGCUCAGAGAGGUUCGCUGCCAUCGUGAAGAAGUUGCCGGGGUUGGACAUCCGGAAUCGAAUGGAGCCAUCAGAUGCUCUGGUGGAUGCGUGUGUCGCCAUCUAUGAACAGAAUCGCCUCCAAUACCUGGAGUGGGAUCGUCUGACAAGCAAAGAGCACGAGGCACAGACGAGUGCCAAGCGAGAGUCGGUCUUGUCCAUCGACAGCUCGGGGAAACUCAAGACUGAAAAGCCUGACCCGGGGCGUGCAGACACGUCCAGUGAGUUCCUCAUCCACCUUGCUUUGUCCCGUCGAGGCAUUGCUUUCGAGAUGGCGAAUCUCUUGGAUUUUGUCCAUCACAGCCGUUGGGUAGAAAAGCUUCUGAGUGCACGCCUGGAUGUUGUUCCUUCCACUCACAAUCUACCAACCUUCAUGCAGUUGCAGGCUGCGGAUCGCAAGUUGUUCCAGUGCCUUGCUGAUCAGACACGUGCCGGCCUCCAGGUCACAGCAUCGGGAAGGCCCUUGGAUCAGGUGUUCGAAGCCGCCACCUGUUCAACGGAGGUUGUCAGCUUGAUGCAGCCCUUGCCUAAGGCUACUGGCGCUGGCUCUGAGAAAGAGCGUGGUGGGCCUUACGGCCUUCCGCCGCCCCCUCCUGGAGGGAAGGGCCGUGGAAAGGGGAAGCGAGGUAAGGCUUCCGUUCGGCAGAUGAAAAUGCCCCAGGGGCUGGAAGGCUGUCGGAGUCACACGAACGGCGGAGACCCCAUAUGCUUCGGAUACGGUCUCAAAACUUGUCGCGAGACCGUCACUCGCGGCAGGCAGCAGCUUCACUGCGCGUUUGUGCAUGGCGGAGUCGUCGGCGUGCGGACGACGACUGGGAAGUACCCUGCAUCCACUGCCUUGUUUGUGGCAUGGCUCAAACAUGCGGCCCCCGGGUGUGUCUUCUCUUCCAUUGCCGUGCUUGAUCAGAGCCCCUCUUCCAUGCAUAAGGACCUGCAAAAUGGUGAGGGCUCCGAAGUCCGUGAGUUUCAAGGCCACGAUGUCAUCGGUGGCCCCGUUCCCUGGAAUGGCCCGUGUCUGCUCUUGUCGGCCAGCGAGAAUGCGCACUGCGUCCUCCCAUGGCAGGGCCGCCGCCUUGUCUUGGUAGGUUUCACGGCCUCGGGCCCUCUUGCACCGCCCGGGCAACACUCAUCUCGUCUGCUGUCGCCGUCGACUUCUCGCCCCCUUGUGCUCGAGUUGUGUGCGGGCUCUGCCCUUCUGUCUUGCGUAGCCAGAGAGGCCGGGUAUGCGGUCGUGCCGGUGGAUUGGGGCCACAGUAAGCAUAGACCUUAUGUUCAUGUGCUGCAGCUGGACUUGCGCUUGUCACGCACCUGGGACUUCAUCAGGCGUCUUGUUGAGACGCGCGACGUUGUGUGGGUGCAUAUCGCACCGCCGUGCGGCACAGCCAGCCGUGCACGCGAGCUUGGGAAGGGACCGCGCCCGCUUAGGUCCCUUCACCACCCUUGGGGGCGGCCCGAUCUGUCCGAGGUUGAGGCAGCUCGGGUUGCUAGCGCCAACGCUAUCUAUCGGGAGACGGCUGCCUUUUGCCAAUGGCUCCUGUCCAACCAUGCUACAGCUUUCCUGUCCUCCCACCCAGUUUUGGGUCGUCUCAGCGGGCCCUGCCCGGGCUGCCCCAAGCAUGAUGCUUGGGUUGUGGACGGCACAUCUGCCACAGCUUUGGAGGCCGCCUACCCAAAACUUCUCUGUGAACGGCUUGUUGCCUGCAUCGAUGACGUCGCUGCCGAGCGUCAGCUUCUUCCGAGCAAGCUUCAGACUUCUGAGCUAGCUACUGCCCGUGCAGCAGGGCAGGUUCAGCCCCGAGGUCGCCGUUUCGCGCCUGUCAUCGGCGAAUUUGCGCAUACCGUGUCAGUGGCUUCCUCCGAAGCCCCCCCGCUGAAUGCUAAGUACUGCUUGGAAAAACCUUGGUUGCAGGUGCCUGCCAAGUCUAAACUGCUGCGUGUGUCCGUUGAAAGGGGUGGUGCCGACACCCGCGCAGGUGAGCUGGGAGAUGAGCUCCAGUUGGAUGCAGCUUCUUGUCGGUUUUACACUUUCGGUGUGUAUCGAUCUCCAGAGGUUUUCGUGCGUGAGGCAAAGCAGCUUGAUCACCCCUUUGAUACUGCCAGGGCCCUUCCGGACGGACUGGUUCGUGUGCUCUUCGACCUCCUUGUGCAAGGCCCGGUAGUGGUUAUGCGACGGAGACUGGAGAAAAUCAGGCUCUGGAGACAAUGGGCUGUUGAGCUUGAGGGCGAGGAGCGUGCCCUGAAGCAAAAACUUGAACCUUCGGUGAGGCGUGUCUUGGGAGGCAAGCGCCUGUGCCUUCUUAAGCGCAUUGCCGAAUCUCUUGAUUGGCCUGACAAGCAACUUCAUCACGACUUGGAGGUGGGGUUCAAACUCACUGGCUAUAUGCCGUGCACUGGGGUCUUCCAUCCUGACGAGAAGCCGGCACUUAGCUCCGAACAAGAUUUUUGGGAAGGUGCGGCCAUCUUGAGGGAUUCUCUGUGGGACAAGGUGUCCAGCCAAGUUUGUGGUGAGCAUGCGCAAGAGCUGUGGAACGUCACUCUUGAAGAAGCAGAUGCAACAUCAAAGGCUUGGCUUGAUGGUCCUUACACUAGAGAGCAGCUCGAAGAAGUGUACCCGCAAGGGUGGUCGCCUUGUCGCCGCUUCAGUGUAAUGCAAGGAAAGCUUCGCCCAAUCGACGACUUCUCCGAAUCCGGCGUGAACUCCUGUUUUGGGUGUUUCGAGCGUGUUAGCCUGAAAGCACUGGAUGAGCUUUGCUGGGUUUGCCUGCAGGUAUUCCGGUGUGCCUUGGGUUCCGGUUGGGUGAAGUUUGUGUUGAGUGACGGUACGUCCCUCGAGGGCAGGUUGCACAAGGUUUGGGCGGAUCGCGAGAAACUGCGUCCACUCACGAAGACCUAUGACCUUAGAGCAGCUUACAAACAACUACCUCUUCACCCGGGAGAGAAGCCGAAAGCAGUCCUGAUUCUCAAAAACCCUACCGACGACCGGUGUAUGCAUUUCCGUGCAACACCUUGCCCUUCGGUUCGUCGGCUUCGGUGA